AAAAUCGGAAUCUGUAUUGGGUAACUUCCUUUUACCAUCUACCAUGAGGAACUGUGUUAUCAAGUCCAAAAUGACUUGGCACCCAUUACUUCCAAAUAUACAAUGCAUGCAAGUGCCACUCACCAAUGUACCUUCAGUAUUAGACUUAUACGCAUUUGAUGUGGUAUCAUCUGGAGGUAGUACUCUUGGCGAAGGUUAUGAAAUUUUGCCUCAGGACUGA